AUGCAAUCAACACUCGGAGAUGUAUUGAUUAUGAGACAUAGUUAUUCGAUAUUUAUUAUAACACAUCAAACAAAUAAUGCCUUUCGGAAAUCAAGAACAAUUCCAGCUGCCGGAAAACAAUGGCAUAAGACCUGUUAUCGAUGUGGUCUUUGUAAGAAAAUGUUAGAACCUAUGAUAAUGGCUGAACAUGAAGGUAAUAUUUAUUGCAAACAAUGUUAUGGCCGUAAAUUUGGUAUUCGUGGUGUUGGAUUUGGUGUUGGUGCUGGAGCACUUGCUAUGGAUACUGGUGAUCGAUUUGGAAAUACUGAAUCACUUACAAAUAAACCAAAUUAUGCUACUCCACCUGGUGCUUCACUCGCUGGUAAAGCUGUUCCUGAAGCAUAA